AUUCGCUGCGACACUGAGGCGUCGGAUACGAACCAGACAGAGACCCAAGCAGCUAUGAAAGCGACAAUGGAGUUAUGUUAUCUACGUCGGUGGGGCCCAGUUCACGCACCUGCAGUGCGCCUACCCUUCAAUUUCCCACUUAUACAAGACAAUAAAAAGCCCCACCCCUUCUCUACGUAUUAUUGCUUCUACGUUACGCCCAAUUUCCAUUUCCCCCUUUCUUCUUCUUCGUUUCUUCUCAAUCUUCAUCGACGAUGGAAAACGCUAAAUCAACUCAAGUUUCUCGUGAUCCAGACGCAGCAGCCAUGGAAGCACCUCCACCGGAAGCGCCACAGUGUGCAUCUGACGGCAGGGAAUCGGAAAAUGCAUUUGCAAGUUCAGGGCCGAGUGCUCGACGAUUGGAUUUGUCCCUUCAAAUACCUCCGAGGCCUACGGCCAUUUUAGGAAGCCAUCUCCGAUCGCCGGGAUUUUUAAAGGCAUUGAGCUUCAAAAAGAGGACUGCUGCUGCCGACAGUGAAAGAAGUUCUCUUCUUUGUUCGGAUGCUAAGGUGACUCUCGAAAGCCCUCCGGUUUUGAACUUGAUAUGGAAUAGGUGUGCUUCACUUCCCGUGACGCCAGCCUCGAACUUGUCCCCUCAAGUUGCUCAGCCGGCGUCUGCCAGGACACAUAGUGAAAAGCAACGGGCGAGCGCGGCUCAAAGUAGUGUUUCGAGGUCGCUCUCUGUGCCCGGAAGGAACUAUUUCAUUGUGCGAUCGACAUCUUUUGCCUCCAAUGAGAAUCAUGGCCAAGAUUCUGAAAUAGGUGAAAUAACUUCUGUCCCGGCCCCCGUCCACGAGGAUCACGAGAUUCCUGAGGAGGAAGCAAUCUGUCGAAUUUGUAUGGAUACAUGUGAAGAGAGGAACACACUAAAGAUGGAAUGCUCUUGUAAAGGAGCCCUAAGGUUAGUGCACGAAGAUUGUGCCGUAAAAUGGUUUAGUAUCCGGCGCAGUCGACUAUGUGAAGUCUGUGGGAAAGAAGUCUCAAACUUACCGGUCACUUUGCUUCGAGUGGAAACUCGAAACUUUACGGAACAGAACCACCAGAGGUCAAACAGCCCAUGGCAAGAUUUUGUCGUGCUCGUGUUGAUCAGCACGAUAUGCUACUUCUUCUUCAUCGAGCAGCUAUUGAUCGAGGAUAUGAAAAAUCAAGCCCUUAUAAUUGCUGCGCCGUUUUCUUUCACAUUAGGUGUUUUGGGAGCGAUGCUUGCGGUCAUUUUAGCUCUACGAGAGUACAUAUGGAGUUAUGCGGCACUUGAGUUUGUACUUGUGACUUCGAUUCUCUAUGUUUUCUACAAUAUGGUUCGCUUAGCGCCUGUAUAUGCUAUCUUGAUUUCAUCGGUGUUGGGAUUGGGACUCGCCGGUUUGAUUAACACGGCGUAUUUGAAAUUGUACUAUUGGUGCACUCGAGAGUCUCAAGCUUCGAGCCCCGUAUAGUUCAGUUCAACCUAGAGAGAUUGGGACAAGAAUACUUGGUCCGGUUUUAGGUACACGGUCGUUCGGGUAUGUUUGGUUUUGUAUUUAAAUCGUAGCUAAAUAUGAUCUUUGUGAAAGAAAAUGAUAUAUUAUAAAAAAAAUUGUAAAGAGUAUAUAAUAAAAAAAAUAAUCGAAAGAAGAACUAAGCUUUUGUUUUACAACUCUAUAUAGAUGUCAAAGUAUUUUAUGGCUGGCUAUAUAGUAAAAAGUUUAGCGUACAUAGUGUUUUAUGAAAAAAAAUAUAUUCCUU